UUUGGCCAUUUCCAUUUUGACUCCAUUUUCUUCUCACCUUCACUCUUUUUCAUCUUUUCCCCAACGGGCAACUGUUUUCCCUAAACUCAAAUUCUAAGGGGCAUUUUGGUAAAUUACUCACCUGAUAGCUCCCCUUCUGAGUUCUGAGUGUGAGUGAUGGCAACUACCGACCUGUAAUCCCAAAACAACAAUCCAAAGAACGACGGUGUCCUUCCGAGUGAAAUUUCCGGAAGUGGGCGAUUGAUUAAUUGUUUUUUCUGUUUUGAUUUCACUUUUUUCAACAUCGAAACUGUAAAGCAAAGCUGAAAUGGAACGUGGGUCGAACUCAGAAUCGACCAAUAAAGCAGAUAAACAAAAGGGUAAAAAAUUGGGUUCGAAAAUCGAGCCAUUUGUAACACAAGGAGACCACAAUGCAAGAGAUUUGAGAUCUUGGGCCAAGAGAACCGGCUUUGUUUCUAUUUUUUCCGGCGAAGUUGGGACUUCGAGAGGUAGGAGUAGUACGAACAGAGAUGGGUUUCGUGGAGAGAGCGGCGGAGGUUCAAUGUCUCCGAAGAUUGAAAGCGAUCCUGUUCAGGCAACAACUAGGAACAGAAGCUUCGAAAUCGAACCGGAUUCAAACAGGAAUAGAAACAAUAGUGAAGCCGAUCCCAUUUUACCAGAAAGGGGGGAAAAUGAAAGAGGAAACACCGAAGCUUCUGCAAAUUGGAAUAACGGUGAGCAUAAUAAGAUAGACGAUGAAUAUGUUGGUAAACACGAAUCUAUUGAUAUAACAUAUCCUGGAGGUAAAGGAGAAUCGGAAUGGAAUCAACCAGAGAUGAAGUAUGGAAUUAGAGACAACCCUGGUUUUGCAUCCCUCAUCUAUUAUGGUAUGCAGCACUAUCUUUCACUCGCUGGUUCACUAAUUUUCAUCCCCUUGAUCAUUGUCCCAGCCAUGGGUGGAACCGAUAAGGAUACAGCGACAGUGAUUUCCACAAUGAUGCUGGUUUCGGGUUUAACAACAAUAUUACACUCAAACUUUGGGACACGACUCCCAUUGGUUCAAGGGAGUUCAUUCGUCUUUUUGGCUCCAGCUUUAGUCAUAAGUAAUUCUCAUGAGUACCGAAAUCUUACCCAAAAUAAAUUUAGACAUAUAAUGAGGGAACUACAAGGCGCUAUAAUUGUUAGUUCGAUCUUUCAAUGCAUAUUAGGAUUCAGCGGUUUAAUGUCCUUGUUCCUAAGAUUGAUAAACCCGGUUGUGGUUGCACCUACUAUUGCUUCCAUAGGGUUGGCAUUUUUCAGCUAUGGUUUCCCUCAAGCUGGAAGUUGCAUUGAGAUCAGUCUUCCUCAAAUACUAUUAGUGCUUAUUUUUUCUCUGCACCUUCGCGGAGUAUCUAUACUAGGGCAUCGAGUAUUUCAAAUAUACUCUGUUCCUUUGAGCAUAGGAAUUGUAUGGGUGUACGCGUUUUUCUUGACAGCUGGAGGAGCAUACAACUACAAAGGAUGUAACUCCGACAUUCCAAACUCCAAUAUGUUAAAUGAUUCUUGCAUUAAACAUGCAUAUACAAUGAAACAUUGUAGAACUGAUGCAUCGAAUGCAUGGAAAACAGCUGAUUGGGUUAGGGUACCUUACCCUUUACAAUGGGGUAUCCCUAUAUUUAAUUUUAAAACCUCCAUUAUCAUGAUUAUUGUGUCCUUGGUGGCAUCUGUUGACUCAGUGGGAACAUAUUACUCAACAUCAACACGUGUGAAUUCAAAACCUCCUACACGUGGGAUUGUAAGUAGAGGAAUUGGAAUGGAAGGCUUUUGUAGUAUAUUAGCUGGGAUAUGGGGCACAGGAGGAGGGUCAACAACUUUGACCGAAAAUACACACACCAUUAAUAUCACAAACGUAGCUUCUAGAAGAUCCGUGGAGCUAGGUGCAGUUAUCUUAAUUAUCUUCUCUUUUGUAGGUAAAGUCGGAGCAAUUCUCGCAUCUAUACCACAAGCAUUGGCAGCUUCACUUUUGUGCUUCGUGUGGGCCCUAAUUACAGCAUUGGGAAUUUCAACAUUGAGAUAUACUCACACUAGAAGCUUCCGGAACAUUAUGAUAGUUGGUGUAUCAUUGUUUUUGGGGUUCUCUAUACCUGCGUAUUUUCAAAAUUAUUAUCAAGAAACCGCUUUCAUUCUACCUGGAUACUUAAUUCCUUAUUCAGCAGCAUCUGAUGGGCCAAUUCGCUCUGGAAAUGAACAAAUUGAUUUUAUAAUGAAUGCACUUUUAUCAAUGAACAUGGUGGUGACAUUCUUGGUGGCGAUAGUACUUGACAACACUGUAUCAAGUAGUCAAGAAGAACGUGGUGUGUACCUUUGGAGUGUUGUUGAGGAUUUGUCUGUAGAUCCAUCUUGUCUUGAUGAUUAUUCAUUACCAAAAAAGGUUUCUAAAGUUUUUGGGUGGGCGAAAUGUUUGGGUGCAUGAUGAACAGAUGAUAAGAUGAUACAUGUGUACAUUUUUAUAGACGAUUUGUUUGUUUAUUUAGUGUGUUUAAGGGAAGAGCUAAAUGUUUUGGGGUGUUUAUGUUGAAUUAUGUUGGCAUAAUCACCUAAAUAGGACGAAUGUGUUGUGCACUUUGUAUAAGAUCAUGUAAGUUUUAUUCGUUAGAAAUAGAAAAGUUACUCUUAGGGAGAUUUGAUUUAGUUGUA